AUGGUGGAAUCUCGGCGAGUGUUUGAUGGGUUUCCAGACAAGGACGCAGUGUCUUGGAGUGCACUGAUCGCGGGAUACAGCCGUCAAGGGGACAGUGACGCGGUGUUUGAUCUGUUCGAGAGAAUGCAAGAGUUCGCCAAGCCGGACGCUGUGACAUUCUCUUCAGUUCUAUCGGUCUGCUGCCACGCUGGUUUGGUCGACAAGGGGAUGGAAUACUUUCACGCGAUGUGCUCGGACUAUGGACUUAGUCCGAGUGUGGAGCACGUAAUCUCCAUGGUUGAUCUACUUGGACGUGCUAAUCGGCUGGAGGAUGCGCUUGCGAUGGUGCAAAGCCUGCCCGUGGAAGAGGUGUGCUCCAGGAUAUGGAUGGCUUUGCUUGGGGCUUGUUUCAAGUGGAAAAAUGCAGUGAUUGGAGAGGUAGCCUUUGAUGCUCUGCCAAAGGUUGACGAUCAAGGUGGUACAGCUUAUGCUCUCAUGCUGGAUCUUUGUGCUGUCACUUCAAGACAUGAAGUGUGGACAGAGUUGGAUCUGAUGCUCCACUGA